ACUGGUAAUAAUACCCAUGAUUUGAAUGUUACACUGCAUGCUCAUGUAGAGGGGAAAGAUUUGCUUUCAGAGAUGUUGAGCUUGACUAAUUUAUCAACGACUGAAACCUUUUCCAAUAUUGAUGAAACAUUCUUCAAUUGUGUUAACCCUCUAGAUAAAUCGUUUGUUGAUUUAUUAACAGCAGAAGAAAUAUCAUCAAACGUCAGCCUCUGGACGGAUAAGUCAUUCAAGAGUUUUAAAAGUUUAAAUAAGUUGAAGAUUGAGUACGAAGAUUCUAGAGAAAUUUUAUCAGAAGAUAUUGUAACUAUGAUAAGUCAGUGCAGUUGUUUGAAAGAACUUUCCUUACCUUAUUCUUCUUUGAGUGAUGAUCUGUUGACAGUGAUUAGUAGUGAUAAUCAUGUUCCUUUGAAAACAAUCAAAAUUGAGGCUUAUUCUGAUUCUAAACCUCUUCCAAGAAUUAGUGAUGAAGCUUGGUUCACUUUGGAGAAUCAUUCUCCAAAUCUCAAUCUUGUUCUAAACUCAUACUUAUCAGAAGAAGAUGACUAUGAUGCUCUCUUAGUCACAGCAGUUCCAGUAACACAUUUAUUUCUGAAUGGAUCGCCACCCGAAACGAUAGUUCGUAGGAUAGGAGAAAAUUGUCCAAGAUUAGUGGAACUUGUCGUUAGUUCUUAUAAUUUUGGAACUAUUGAUCAAGCUUUGAUCUCUACGGCUAAGGGAUGUCCAAAUUUAUCCGCCGUAGGUCUUGGCGAUUGUGAAAUUACAUGUUCCGGGUUAGUAGAAUUUGUUGGGCUUUGCAAAGAAAGACUUCAAAUUCUUUACAUUUGGGAAACAUCACUUAUAGAAGAUACAAACUUUAACAUCAGUGAAGCAACGACCCAAGUAUCUUCUCUCUUAGGACGAAAGUGGAUGCCAGAAAGUAUUCCUCCUUGGUAAACAAACUCAUGCAUGUUAUCAAUAAAAAAAGGCUCAACUAAAGCUACGUAAUUAAUAAGUUUGUUAACAAUAUAAAGCUCUGAAAAUUCUCAUUACAUGAAUUUAUUGAAUAAUGGUAUUAACAAAAAAUAUUCAACAGUAUGUUUGUAAAUUGAACGCAGAAUUUAAUGAAUUUUUUAUGCAUCUUACCA